CCAGCCGGUGGUGUCACUCAACAACCGUGAAGACUUCAAAUCACUCUAACAUACCUCCCACUACUUCAUAGGGACUCAGGCAGAAAAUCACCUUGUCAUUUCGUAAAGUUGGUUGAGAAUUUCUGCUCUGCAUCACCUGUCUUUUAAACAAGAGAAACUGUCAGAGAAGCUGUCCAGCCGUUCUUCUAAUGGUCAACCAUGGAUGACGAUGACAGCCAAGAUGAGCUGAUCAACCGCAAUACCUCCCACAGCAAAGGGAAAAGGGCUGCAUUGUGGGCCAUCUCAGACGACUCAGAUGAUGUUGAAGAGGAGUCUGAGGAGGGAGAAUCUGACAGUGGUGAGGAAGAAGAGGAGGGUCACCUAGAUGAAGAGGAUGAUGAGGAGGAAGAAGAAGAAGGGAAUGAAGAAGAAGAUGAUGAGGAAGAGGAGGAAGAUGCUAAGGUCGAGGAUGGAGCUUAUGGGGGAACCUCUGCUGACCUGGCAGGGAUGAGCUCGGAUGAGGACUCAGACAAGUGUCCCAUCUGCCUUAAUUCAUUCAGCAACCAGCCUGUUGCAACACCAGAGAGCUGUGAGCACUACUUCUGCCUCGACUGCAUCCUUGAAUGGGCCAAGAAUGCAAACUCGUGUCCUGUAGACCGCAUUGCCUUCAACAGCAUAUACCUAAGGAAAUGUUAUGGAGGCAAAGUCAAGAAAAUGAUCACAGUACAAAAGCCUGUGAAGGAAGGUCAAGAGGAAAGAGUAGAUUUGGACCUGGAGCAGACCAGCUGUGAGGUGUGUGGGGGCAGUGACCGUGAGGACCGCCUCUUGCUCUGUGAUGGCUGUGAUGCUGGGUAUCACAUGGAGUGUCUCACUCCACCUCUUGACUCUGUUCCUGUAGAGGAAUGGUUCUGCCCUGAGUGUGAAGCCAACAACCGUCACACAAGGGGCUCAGGUGAAGACAUUAGUGAUACAGAGAGUCUACCGUCUACUGCCCGUCCUGCCACCAGUCGCUCUGGGUCCCAUGCUGCAGGUCCCACCAGAGCUAUUGCCCGGACGCAGCAGAGUGAAAGGGUUCGAGCUAAUGUGAAUCGACAUCGCAUCACACAGGCACGCACAUCGCAGUUGGCUCCCACGUAUCUGAUUCAGUCCACUUGGCUUGAUGAGACCAUUAAUGCUGUGGUGGCAGGGCUCAACACGUCUGUGUAUAUACGAGACUUCACACCUCGUUUUCCAUCUAGCCACAGGCACACGACCAGAAGGCGCAGAAAGGUUAAAAGGAAGAAGCCGUCUUCUGCUGUGGGUAAAAAAGGUAAAGUAACAAGUACUGGAGUCAAGAGAAGGAAACGGAAAAUGAGGAGGACUAAAUCCAAAAAAAAGCUGGUGUUGAAAAGGACUCCUCGAGGCCGUAUUGCUAAUAAUCUUGGAAUAGUAAAGGACAAGAAGAGCUCUUCACUUCCUACAGUAUAUCGGCCAUCAGAGCACACACUAAGUGGCAUGCGUGCUGACAUAGGCGCUGCGUCCCUGUCGAUCUAUGGAGAUCCAUUUGACCUGGAUCCGUUUAUAGAUUGUGAGGAGGAAGAGCAGCAGGCCCACGUGACAUCACUGCUGGAGGCCAAGAGAAGAGGGAUCUCUCGCUCUGCUCUUCGCUCUCACCAGCCUGUAGCGCGACCUGUCACUGCAAGACUUUCCAGGAGGAGUAUGAAUGUCCCCCAGUCAGGGGGUGUUGUGGAGGCAGCUCCUGUACCUGACCUGCUGGGCAGCAUCUUAUCAGGACAGAGCAUGCUCUUGAUGGACAGCUCUGAUGUCGUCAUUAAUCGAGAUGGUUCCCUUAAAGCUACAAAGCCAAUGAUGCCAUCAGCAUUAAAGCCAGGUUGCAGCAAAAGCAUUAGCUCUGGAGAUACCAGCACCCACAUCAACCCAGUGAUGUCACCCAACCAAGGAGACAGUUCUCUGUCUCCCCACUACAACGGAGACCUUCCAGGAUCCUCCCAUAGUUCCAUCAACAGGCCUUUCUCCCAGAGCUCCUCUCACUUACCCACCCACAUGCCCUCCUCAGCCAGCCACAUCCAACCAUCAGCCCAUUCUGGUCAUCCAAGUUUGCAGCCACGUCAUUCAAUCAGACCCUCCCACCUUCCUGGUCACAGGGGAACCAGAGCCCCCAGCCCCUCCUCAUCCAUCCACCCCUCCCUAGACUCCAGCUCCAAGAGCAAGGGAAUAGCACCAUCACAUUCCCAACAUAAAAAAGCACCUACAAAGCCCAUGUGGGUAGACGUGUCAGUGCUUCCUAGGAUACCAAAAAUAAAAAGGGAGAGUGGUGGUAUCACAAAUGACACUAAUAGAAGCAGUAGUGGUAGUAGGGGAAAUAGCAGUAAUUCUACCACCAGAAGAAAUGGUUACAGCAUGCCAGAAACAGGGGUGAACAGCCUCGCUGGGGACAAAGGAAGGCAGCAAAGUGUCGAUCAGCAAAAGGGCAGGAAUGGCGGUCAGACCCAGAGGCAGAGGCCUGACGGAGCAGGCUCGUCAUCAACCUUUUCCAACUCUUUCUCCUCUUCUUCCUCUUCCUCUGGCUCUUCUGCCAGCCAACCACGUUAUUCCUCAUCUUCCUCAUCUUCAUCAUCAGUGAGCUUCCGCAUUAACUCCAGUGGGAACUCCUGGAAUUCAAGGCGGCUGAGCAGCGGGUCAUCCUCUGCCAGCGGAGGCAGCAUGCAGGAGCCCUGGAGAGAAAAAGAAGAUGAAGAAAGAAAGAGACAGCUGCACAGGGAUAAACAGAUGCUCCUGGCAUCACGUCCGCUCGUCAAUAAAGAACAAGAGAGUAAUAAUAUCUACGAUCCCUUUAAUCCCACUCUGUCAGACUCAAGCAGCUCAGACGAUGAAGAUGAGAGCACAAGCCUGGAUGGCAGCUCUCGACGUGCUACACAUGAAGGGAAGGCUCCUAGUUUAGGAAACAAGGAGGAUUCAGUGCAAAGCAAGCAGGACCUGGUUCAUGUGAAAACUGAAACACAGGAGUUUGCGAUCUCAGAGGAACAACCAAGGAGAGCUAGUACUCAAGACACCAUAUCACAGGAGAUCAGAUGUUCAGAGGAAUAUGCCAAGGUUGAAAACGAAUCCAGACUAGUAGACACUAAGGCUGAGAAACGCACAACAUUACUUGACACUAAAGUUAAGAAAGAGCCAGGGUUAGAUGUAGCAGGGGAAGCUAAAAGGUUUGGUGACAGCGUAAGAAGUAUGAAUUCAAGGACAGAAGACACUAAACCACCUGUUCAUCACAGCCUGGACAUUGUAAAGACUGAGAGAGAGGCUUUAGAAGAGAGGAGUGCUGGAACUCCCAGCAGUGCUUCCCCUAACUGUAAGAAUGAUUCAUCAGCAUCCAGCUCCGCUCCCACCAAGAAGAAACAAAAGGGAGACACUAAAUCAGAUUUCAAAUCCUGUUCCAAAUCCCCAUCAAGAGAUUUGGAUCUUAAGAAGAAAACCUGCCAUGCUUCAAAGCAGCGACGCUCUAGCAGUCCAGAGACAGACCGAGGCAGGAGGGUAGACCAUCCAGCCUCAGGCCAGGGAUGCCGGCAGAAAGAAAAGGAGAAGGACAGAGAAAGGAGUUCCAGGCGGUCAAGGUCCAGAGAGAGGAGGAGGGCACACUCAGCCUCAGAAAGCUCGCAGUCAACUUCCCCUGACAGGACUCGCAGAAAGAGACGGAGGUCCCGGUCACGAUCCAAAGACAGGAGGCGAUCAAGGUCUGGUUCCAGCUCUAGCAGCAGAGAGCGCUUGCGGAGGAAGACGCAUAAACACAGGAGCAAGGAGAGAAAUGAUGGCAGAGAAGGAGACUGUGAGAGAAGACAGGUGUCAAAGGACAAGAGACAUGGUCGGUCUCGGUCAAAAUCUCGAUCCAGGUCCAGAUCUCGAUCGAAAGACCGUAAACGUGGUCGGUCUUGCUCAAAAUCACGGUCCAGAUCCAGAUCCAGGGAAAGGAGGACAGACCACACACGACUGCAACAAUCAUCUCUCCUCUCCAGAGAGAAGGGGAAGUCGCAAUCAAAAGACAAUAGGAGAUGCAGGUCUAGAUCCAGCUCAAGAGAGAGAAGGAAAGAAGAAGGAUCAUCAUCCAGGAGACCACAGAAAACUUCAGCCUCCUGUGUUUCCUCCUCUAAGGACACAAAACAAUUACAUGCCAAGAAAAAAGAGAAGGAUACCACUCAAAGCUCCCUCAAAGAAGAAAACGUUUCUCGAGUGAAUAAACAGGAUGCUGCCGCCUCUAAAGUUAAAAAGGAAGGCAAAGACCUCAGGACAGACUGCCAGGCCUCAAAAGCAGAAAUGGUGAAAGAGACAAAGGAUAGAAAAGAAAUUAAGAAAGAAAAACAACCACCUGUUGAUAUGUUUGAAGAUUCUCAUAUUACUAAACCAAUUAAGAAAGAAGAAACUUUCAUCGACACUUUGGUGGCAGUCGAAGGCUUAGAUGAGGGAAAGAAAGAAAACCCCAUCAAGACUGAGACUUGUGAAAUCCCCAUAAUUAAAUCUGAGCCAAGUUCUCCAGAAGUACGCCACUUACCCCCUGUCACCUCAUCUUCUACGCUGACCACGCCUGUGACUGCAGACAGCCUCCAGGAUACAGUCUUUCAGUCACGCCCAGGGUUAACGUCUUCCACUGAACAACCAAACACUAUGGGGUUGACUGUCCCUGUAAAGCAGGAAGUUGAGCUACCCUCAGACUCUGAUGAUGACUUCAAUGUCGAUGUGAUGCUAGACAAUCUGGACUAUGUGAAGUCUGAGCGCAUAGAAGAAAAAGGUGCAUCGGUCAAACAAGAGAAGGAAGUAGAAGAAGGGAAGAAUGAAUCGGCUGUAGUGGGAGCCAAGUCCAAGACUCAAGUGAAGAGGGUUACCUGGAAUAUCCAGGAGCCUGAGGGGCCUCAACCAGAGAAAUCAGCAAGCAAGCUGGCCCUGUACAAAAUGAGGCUGAAGCAAGAAGGCGCUCGCAGACCGUCUUCAACAGGACAGACAUCCAGUCAGGACAUCGCUGUAGCUGUCAGUGACCCUGCCAAGAAGGAUGCUGUUGGUUUUCUCAGCAGCUCCUCUAGAUCUGAUGGUGUACAUCCUGAGGGGUUAUCGACCACUGGGCAAGGAGAGGCAGAGGAGGGGGAUUUGUUGAGGAAAGACAAGUACUUGAAGAAGCUGCACAUGCAGGAGAGAGCUAUAGAAGAGGUGAAGCUAGCCAUCAAGCCUUUCUACCAGAGGAGAGACAUCAACAAGGAUGAAUACAAAGAGAUUCUCCGCAAAGCCGUCCAGAAGGUGUGCCACAGCAAGAGCGGAGAGAUCAACCCAGUGAAGGUGGGCAAUCUGGUAAAGGCAUACGUGGAAAAAUACAAACAUGCUAGGAAACACAAGAAAGGAGAUGACUCAGGGAAGGCACAGGAGGUUCAGACUGAGGCCACGAAAACCUCUGACAGCCCGUGAGGAGGUGUGACUACAGGCUAGGACAGCCACUCCCAUUGCAAACACUCAUUCAUAUAUUACAUAACAGGAUGUACUUUGUGUCAUACUACAGGGUUUGAUCGCUCUGACAAAAUGAUUAAAUACGAUUUGCUCACAGCUUCAUGACAGAACAUUUUCUCUAACGUCAAGCUUUCUCUCUUAACCGAAUUUUCAGGACAAACUUAUUUUGUUGAUCACUUGAACAGCACCUGUAGGUGUCUUGUGCUUGGACCGUCACUGCCAAGAACCAGUAUUUUGUUGUAAAGCAGCUCAGAAACUUAACAGGAGACCUUGAGGUUGUGCCUUAAAGAGGCAAAUCUCAAAAGACCCUUCCAUGAGGCGAUAAGUCAGGUAGCUUUCUCCACAGGCAUAUCACUGGGAGCAUGCAGUGUGAGCUUUCAGUUUUCUAUGGCGUCUUUUGUUUUGUGGGAGGGAGCGGGUAUUUAUCAGAGGAAAAACUCAUUCUGUUGGUUAUGAGUCCAUAUAAAAGUAUGCAGAGUAUGCAUAUUAAAGACCGUUGUCACAUUAAGGAAAGACACUGUUAUGCAAUUUUUGUAGAAAAUUUAUCAGUAGAGUAAUUAAACAAUUUUAGAUUUGUUGUAAAUAAUAUAGAUUUGAUAUAUCCACUUAUAUGUUCCUUUCAUCUGUGUUGCCUGUUGUGAAUGAUUGACAUAAAUGGUUCUAGUUUGUAGACUUGAUUGGUUUACGUUUUGUAUUUGAAAAUAUUUGUUCACCUUUUUGGUUUUUUAUGUCUAUAUUUGUUCGUCUGCCUCCUGUAAACACUGAUGGUUUGGUGGUUGGUCGGACUUGCCUUGUACUUUGUUGUCACAUUUAAUUUGGCUUUAUAAAGCCAAGGUUGAGGAGUGGAAGAAUCUCAAAAAGCAGGUGCUCAUGUUUAUCUGAAUGUAUUUUACUUUUUUUCUCCAUUUACUUGAUCAAACAGGCCAGGUGUUUCUAAGAGAGAACAUAAAUGAUAAUAAAUCACUGAUGAUAAAUAGGA